UAUGAGUAAACCAUCUCAUAGUCCAAAUGACUUGAUCGAAUUUGAAAACCACAAUCGAAAUUCUUCUUUUGGAAAGAGUAAAAUCAUAAUUUGAAUGUAGAGUUAUUGUCAACAGUUCCAAAUGUUCCUGCCUUUGGUUUUGGAACUUCUAGUAGACAUUAAGCAUAAUAAGUAUACAGAGAAAAUAGACUAAUGGAGAAAGGUAAACACAGUCCAGGUCCAAUUUAUAAUCCUACAAAAAAUUUUGAUUAAUAAGCAGUUCGAGCUCCUAGUGCUGGAAUGGGUACAUCUACAAGAUAGAGUUUAAACACUAACCAAUAUGAUCAUUAUAAAAGAAAAGAUGUCGAUGUAUUUUUAUUUAUAAACAAUAGUUUGAACCAUAAAAAGCUGAGAAUCUUAGAAAAUGGUCUGCAGGAACAGUUAGAUUUGGGUAAGAACAACGAUUCUUAUAGAAAGAACUUACAAAGACUCCAGGUCCUAAUUAUGAUGUAAUAUAGAGAGUUUAAGGCCCAAAAUAUACAAUGGGUAAUAGAAGAGCUCAUUCAGUUUCUUUUUCAACUCCAAGUAAAGUUGGACCUGGAACUUAUAAACCAAAAAAAGAUUUCUCAACAGAAUUGUAAGAACCACCAAAAUAUUCAUUUACCAAAGCUCCAAAGAUACCUUAAUAAAAGAAUAUUGAUAAAAAUUAGACAUAUUAUGUGCAGUAUAAAUGUAUUCUAUAAAUUUAGAGAAAGUGUAGGAGCUUAAGUUGCAUCUACUAAACCAAAUAAACCAUCUUUUAGUUUUGGCAAAGGAAUAAGAGAAGCUAAAUUAGCUAUGUACAAAAACGAUUUUGUAAAGAUUGGGGUUAAUAUAAAGAUCCCACAUCCAAAAUUUUGA